GCGGGGUGGUCCUCGUCGUCGUCGGGGGUCCCGGCGGAGAAGGAGGCGAGCCAGGACAGCAGCCUGGGCGCCUACUCGCCCGUGGACUACAUGAGCAUCACCAGCUUCCCGCGGCUGCCCGAGGAGGAGCCGGCGCCGGCCGCCCCGCUGCGCUGCCGCAAGGACGAGGAUGUCUUCCUCGGAGAGCCGGACACCGACCCCGACGCGUUCCUCAAGUCGGCCCGGCUGCAGCGGCUGCCCUCGACCCCUUCAGAAAUGGGCAGCCAGGACGCGCCCCCCCUGCGGGAGACCAGCAAAGACCCGUUCUCGGGGGGCUGCUCCUGCCGGCAGGACGGGCUCACCGUCAUCGUCACCGCCUGCCUCACCUUUGCCACCGGGGUCACCGUCGCCCUGGUCAUGCAGAUCUACUUUGGGGACCCCCAGAUCUUCCGCCAGGGCGCCGUGGUGACCGACGCCAGCCGCUGCACCGCCCUGGGCAUCGAGGUCCUGAGCCAACAGGGCUCCUCGGUGGACGCCGCGGUGGCCGCGGCCCUGUGCGCCGGCAUCGUCGCCCCACACACCUCCGGCCUGGGCGGGGGAGGGGUGAUGUUGGUCCAUGACAUCCGGAGAAACCACAGUCACCUCAUUGACUUCCGGGAGACGGCCCCCUGGGCGCUGCAGGAGGAGCCCCUCAGGAGACACUGGGAGACUAAGCCAGGGCUCUUGGUGGGGGUCCCAGGGAUGGUAAGGGGCCUUCAGGAAGCCCACCGGCUCUUUGGCAGGUUGCCGUGGUCCAAGCUGCUGGCUCUUGCGGCCGGCGUCGCUCAAGGUGGCUUCAACGUAACGCGGGAUCUGGCCCAGGCCAUCGCAGAACAGGAGUUGUCCAAUGCCUCGGACCGCUUCCGAGAGACCUUCCUCCCCGGAGGGCAACCCCUGCUCCCGGGCACGUUCGUCCGCCGGCCGGACCUGGCAGCCACCCUGGCCGCGUUGAGCUCCACGGGAGGCGCGGCCUUCUACGACGGCAGCAACCUGACCCAGGAAAUGGUGUCUGAGGUGCAGCAAGCAGGAGGGGUACUGACUGAAGAAGAUUUCCACAACUACAGCAUCCUGGUGGAGAGCCCCGUGCACAGCAUCUACCGUGGCCACCUGGUGCUGAGCCCCCCGCCCCCUCAUGCGGGCCCUGCCCUCAUCACCGCUCUCAACAUCCUGGAGGGCUUCAAUCUGUCCAGUGUGGUGUCACGGGAACAGGCCUUGCACUGGGUGGCUGAGACCCUGAAGAUCGCACUGAGCCUGGCCAGCAGUCUGGGUGACCCCUCCUUCUCCCCGUCCAUCGCCCACAGCACAGAGGACAUGCUCAGCAAGCCGGAGGCCGCAUUCCUGCGGCAGCAGAUCAACGACUCCCAGGCGGCCCCUGGCCCGACGCUGCCCGCCUUCCCGCUUGACGGGGGCCCCUCGGCCGCCCAGGUGCUGGUGAUGGGGCCCGAUGACUUCAUCGUUUCGGUGGUCAGCUCCUUGAACCGUCCGUUUGGCAGCGGCAUCAUGACCCCCUCCGGGAUCCUGCUGAACAGCCAGAUGUUGGACUUCUCCUGGCCCAACAAGACUGUAGCCGGCCCGGCCUCCUCCAACCCAAAGAACAGCGUGCAACCUGGGAAGAGGCCACUGUCCUUCCUGUUACCCACAGUGGUGCGGCCUGCCGAGGGGCUGUGCGGGACCUACCUGACCUUGGGGGCCAAUGGGGCCUCCCGCGGCCUGAGCAGCCUUGUCCAGGUUCUGGUGAGCGUCCUGAACCUGAACAAGAACCUCAGUGACAGCCUCGCCCUGGGUCGGCUGCAUCCCCAACUCCAGACCAAUGUCCUCCAGGUGGACAGUGAGUUCACGGAGGAAGAAGUGGAGCUCCUGGAAGCCCGGGGCCACCGGGUGGAGAAGGUGGAGACCCUGGCCUGGGUCCACGGGGGCCGGAGGACCAACAGCUUCAUCGUCGGCGUGAAGGACCCCCGCAGCCCGGACGCGGCCAGCGCCACCGUCUUGUAGCAGAGUUGGAGGCUACGUGGGGGGUGGGGGGCAGCAUGUUUCGGGGGCGCCCGACCCCUCUUCUUCUCCCGGGCCGGGGGAGGGGGUGUUGCCGAAGCGGGUACGGGUACCACAGGUCCCCCCCCGAAGAGGCUCAGGCACGCCCAGCCCUAUCCCAGCCCUCCAUUUGGCCGGUCCCCACUGCGACAAUCCUACCCCCUCCCUCCAGGCCCCCUGGGCGAAGGGUAUCCUUUCUUCCUCCUGCUUACCACCCCUCCCCGCCUCUGGGCGCUGGGGUGAGCCAGAAGGGGAGAAAGGAAGCGGGGUGCAGAGAGGCAGUGGGGGGCUCCCGCUGUCCGGAGUCUCGGGGAGUC